CGUCGUCAGAUUCACUGCCUAAAUCGUGGUAUCGAGAUUUUCAUCCAAAACGAAUCUCUUGUGUUUUAAAAGGACCUUAUCAAUUCCCGUGAGUUUCUUUGAAAGCUUUCCAUAUCGGACUGAGGUGAUAAGGUCGUAAAAAGGCUGCUGACAUCGCUUCCGUUUUCACAACAGAGUUGACGAAUUCUUCCAAAAGGCACAGGAAUACUAAACUGGUAUCGAUCAAGGAAAAAAACGAGUGAUUCCGAAGUGUUUUAUGGAAAUUUCAAGGCCAGAUUGACUUAAAACAGUUAUUUUUUGAAAGAAGUAUCCCCUUACAGUUGCUAUGGCUAAAGAAGGAAGUCCAAUUAAGGUUCCAUCUGAAAAUGAAGACUUACCUGACAAAGAAAAUGCUCCAGAUUUUGAUGAGGACACUUUACGAGCCGCAGCUGAUGUUUAUAGGAAUGAGGGUAAUGAGGCCUUCAAGAAAGGAGAUUUCAUCAAUGCUAUUCAUUUUUACACCAAAGGAAUUAAAAUGAACUGCAAUGAGAAAGAACUGAAGGCCAAACUACACAACAACAGGGCUAUUGCACAUUUUAAACUUGGAAAUCACCAGGAUUCGCUAAGGGACGCAGAAGAAGCCAUUGAGUUAAAUCCAACUUUCCUUAAGGCAAUUGUUAGAGGAGCCACUGCUUGUGUUGAAUUGAAGAGAUUUGAAGAAGCAAUCAGUUGGUGUGAUAAGGGACUAGCUAUUGACCAAAACAAUAGGAUCUUGUUGUCAUUAAGACUUCAAUCUAUCAGAGAAGUGGGAGAUAAGUCCAUGGAGGAAAAAGAUCCAAUUAGUCAUGACCGUGGUAGUGCAAGUUCAGGUAAUGUCAAGAAAGUCAUAGACUUCUAUCAUUUGGGAGAAGAAGCCAUAGAGUACCACAACCUACAUCUUAAAAUAGCUAAAGAAGUAGGAGACAAGCAUGGGGAAGGUAACGCGUAUGGCAAUCUUGGCAAUGCUUGUCACAGUCUGGGUGAUUUCAGAAAAGCCAUAGAGUACCACAACCUACAUCUUAAAAUAGCUAAAGAAGUAGGAGACAAGCGUGGGGAGGGUGGUGCUUAUGGCAAUCUUGGCAAUGCCUAUCACCGUCUAAGUUAUUUUAAAAAAGCCAUAAAGUACCACAACCUGCAUCUUAAAAUAGCUAAAGAAGUAGGAGACAAGCACGGGGAGGGUAGUGCUUAUGGCAAUCUUGGCCAUGCUUAUCACAUUCUGGGUGAUUUAAAAAAAGCCAUAGAGUACCGCAACCUACAUCUUAAAAUAGCUAAAGAAGAAGGAGACAAGCAUGGGGAGGGUACGACUUAUGGCAAUCUUGGCAAUGCUUAUCUUAGUCUGGGUGAUUUAAAAAAAGCCAUAGAGUACCACAACCUACAUCUUAAAAUAGCUAAAGAAGUAGGAGACAAGCAUGGGGAGGGUAACGCUUAUGGCAAUCUUGGCAAUGCUUAUCAGAGUCUGGGUGAUUUGAAAAAAGCCUUAGAGUACCACAAACUACAUCUUAAAAUAGCUAAAGAAGUAGGAGACAGGCAUGGGAAGGGUAAAGCUUAUGGCAAUCUUGGCAAUGCUUAUCGCCAUCUGGGUGAUUUCAAAAAAGCCAUAGAGUACCACAACCUAGGUCUUAAAAUAGCUAAAGAAGUAGGAGACAAGCAUGGGGAGAGGGAGGGUAACACGUAUGGCAAUCUUGGCAGUGCUUAUCACAGUCUGGGUGAUUUCAAAAAAGCCAUAGAGUACCACAACCUACAUCUUAAAAUAGCUAAAGAAGUAGGAGACAAGCAUGGAGAGGGUGGUGCUUAUGGCAAUCUUGGCAAUGCUUAUCAGAGUCUGGGUGAUUUAAAAAAAGCCAUAGAGUACCACAACCUACAUCUUAAAAUAGCUAAAGAAGUAGGAGACAAGCAUGGGGAGGGUAACGCUUAUGGCAGUCUUGGCAAUGCUUAUCAGAGUCUGAGUGAUUUCAAAAAAGCCAUAGAGUACUGCAACCUACAUCUUACAAUAGCUAAAGAAGUAGGAGACAAGCAUGGGGAGGGUAAGGCUUAUGGCAAUCUUGGCAGUGCUUAUUUUAGUCUGGGAGAUUUCAAAAAAGCCAUAGAGUACCACAACCUACAUCUUAAAAUAGCUAAAGAAGUAGGAGACAAGCAUGGGGAGGGUAAAGCUUAUGGCAAUCUUGGCAAUGAUUAUCACCGUCUGGGUGAUUUCGAAAAAGCCAUAGAGUACCACAACCUAGAUCUUAAAAUAGCUGAAGAAGUAGGAGACAAGCAUGGGAAGGGUAGUGCUUAUGGCAGUGUUGGCAAUGCUUAUGGCCGUCUUGGUGAUUUCAAAAAAGCCAUAGAGUACCACAACCUAGGUCUUAAAAUAGCUAAAGAAGUAGGAGACAAGCAUGGGGAGGGUGGUGCUUAUGGCAACCUUGGCAAUGCUUAUCGCCGUCUGGGUGAUUUCAAAAAAGCCCUAGAGUACCACAACCUACAUCUUAAAAUAGCUAAAGAAGUAGGGGACAAGCAUGGGGAGGGUAAAGCCUGGGGUAAUAUUGGUCGUAUGUAUCAAACUGAGGGAGAUUUGAUAAAGGCUAACGAGUCAUACAACCUAGCGCUUAAAAUUGCUAAAGAGGUCGAAGACAAAUCCUUGGAGGCAAUGGCCUACUGUUCAUUAGGAUUCGUUUCUGAGUUGCAGGGUGGACUGCCAAAAGCCGCAGAACAUUACCAAGCUAGCAUAAACUUAUUCAAUUCCCUGAGAGUACUUCUAAAAUCCAAAGAUGAGUGGCAAGUUAAUUUUCGAAAUCAGUAUCAAAGCGCGUAUACGGGUUUGUUGAGAGUUCUCUUAGAACAAGGUAAUAUAGAUGAAGCCUUAUUUGUUGCUGAGAAAGGACGAGCUCAAGCUCUGUCCGACCUUAUGGAAUCCAGUUUUUGUGGUGAAGCAAGUCAGCACAAGGCAGGUGAUGAAGAUUUAGCAGUCACUGCUAAGUCUUCAUCGAUUUGGAUGAAACGUUUUUUAAAAGUUUUAAAAAACGUUCCAUCAAACACCGUCUUUCAGGCAGUGGACAAAGCUGAUGUCAAUCUUUGGGUUGUGUCCGAAGGAAAACAAGUUCAGUUAAGAAAAAGUAAACUCGGAGGUUUUGUUCCAGAGAAUGGUGGAUCUAGGCAGUCCUUUGAGUCGUUCAUGCUCGGUGUCUAUACACAACUUGGUGUUGUUUCUAAUGUGAGAUGCGAGAAUCGAUCUUUGGAUGUUUUGAGGGAGAGCCGUUCAAAGGUGGAUGAGAAACCUAAAGAAGACAACCCUCAACCUCCUAUCCAACAAAACGAAUGUUUGAACACUUUGUACGAUACCGUUAUGAAGCCGGUGUCUGACCUGCUUCAAGGUGAUGAGUUACUCAUUAUUCCCGAUGGACCCCUGUGGCUCGCUCCUUACGCUGCACUCAAAGAUGGUAAUUCUAAAUACCUUUGUGAAUCUUUCAGAAUCCGACUCGCUCCAUCAUUAACGAGUCUUGGACUCAUUGCCGAUUGCCCAGAUGAUUAUCACAAAAGGAAUGGUGCGUUACUUGUAGGAGAUCCGUGGGUAUCCGAGGUUACUAACAGCGAGGGAGGGAAAAUCUUCGAGCAGCUUCCGUGUGCUAAAGAAGAAGUAGAAAUGAUCGGAAAAAUUCUGAAUAUCACGCCAAUCACUGGCAGACAGGCCACGAAACGUGAGGUGUUGAAAAGACUCAGUUCCGUUUCCUUAGUUCACUUUGCGGCACACGGAUGUAUAGAAACUGGCGAAAUUGCUCUUACACCUAACCCAGACCGAAUAUCUACUGUGCCAACGGAGGAGGAUUACAUUUUAACGAUUCGAGAUGUGUUAAAUGGUCAACUUCGCGCUAAACUAGUUGUACUUAGUUGCUGCCACAGCGGUCGAGGCGAGAUCAAGGCUGAAGGUGUGGUUGGCAUUGCACGCGCUUUUAUGGGGGCUGGUGCUCGGUCUGUUGUGGUGUCCCUGUGGGCGAUUGAUGACGAGGCUACUCUUGAGUUCAUGAAAUGCUUUUAUCAACACCUUGCAGAAAGUAAACCUGCAAGCGAGUCACUGAACCUGGCCAUGAGAAGCCUUAGAGAAUCAGACCAGUUCCGCGACAUCAAACACUGGGCUCCCUUUUUGCUGAUUGGAGAUGACGUCACUUUUGACUUCAUGGCAAAUGAAAGAGAAAAUUUGAAUACAAAAUCAAAUAAAUGAAAACUUGUUUUUUCUCAUCUCAAAAAGAAUGACGCAUGAACUUAGAGGCGUUAAAUGUUUCUCUAUUUUGGCAAUUUUGACUAUUUUUCAUAACUUUCUACUUUUUGUUGAAUGGAACUUGAGAUGUGUAGCUUUACCAUGGUGAAGAAAUAAAAUCAGACUAUUUUAUUGUAUUUUGA